CGAGCAUCCGUCUGUUUGACAUCCGUGAGUCCAACCGACUGCAGGCCGUCGCAGCCGCUGCCCUUCUGCUCACCUUCAACUCAAACGGUUAGAGACCCGGAACCAUGUCCAUCCUGAAGAUCCACGCUCGCGAGAUCUUCGACUCCCGUGGGAACCCCACCGUGGAGGUUGACCUUUACACCAAGAAGGGCCUUUUCAGGGCAGCAGUCCCCAGCGGUGCUUCCACUGGCAUCUAUGAGGCCUUGGAGCUCCGUGACAAUGACAAGACCCGCUACUUGGGCAAAGGUGUCUCAAAAGCUGUUGAACAUAUCAAUAAAACAAUUGCACCUGCUCUGGUUAGCCAGGAGGUCUCAGUUGUGGAGCAGGAGAAGAUUGACAAGCUGAUGCUGGACAUGGAUGGCACAGAGAACAAAUCCAAGUUUGGGGCCAACGCAAUCCUGGGAGUGUCUCUGGCUGUGUGCAAAGCUGGUGCUGCGGAGAAAGGAGUCCCCCUGUACCGUCACAUUGCGGACCUGGCCGGGAACCCUCAAGUUAUCCUGCCAGUGCCUGCCUUCAACGUCAUUAACGGCGGCUCACACGCCGGCAACAAGUUGGCCAUGCAGGAGUUCAUGAUUCUGCCUGUGGGUGCCAGCAGCUUCAAGGAGGCCAUGCGCAUCGGUGCUGAGGUCUACCACAACUUGAAGAGUGUCAUCAAGGAGAAGUACGGCAAGGAUGCCACCAAUGUGGGCGACGAGGGUGGCUUUGCCCCCAACAUUCUGGAGAACAAAGAAGCCCUGGAGCUGCUGAAGAACGCCAUCGCCAAAGCAGGUUACACUGACCAGAUUGUCAUCGGCAUGGAUGUGGCAGCCUCCGAGUUCUACCGCGAUGGGAAAUAUGACCUUGACUUCAAGUCUCCUGAUGAUCCCUCCCGCUACAUCACCCCUGACCAGCUGUCCGAUCUCUACAAGAGCUUUGUUAAGGACUACCCAGUGGUGUCCAUUGAGGACCCCUUCGACCAGGAUGACUGGGCAGCCUGGACCAACUUCACUGGCAGCACCACCAUCCAGGUGGUGGGUGAUGAUCUGACCGUGACCAACCCGAAGCGCAUUGAGACGGCUGUUGCCAAGAAAGCCUGCAACUGCCUGCUGCUGAAGGUCAACCAGAUUGGCAGCGUCACGGAGUCCCUUCAGGCCUGUAAGCUGGCCCAGUCUAAUGGCUGGGGUGUGAUGGUUAGCCACCGUUCCGGGGAGACGGAGGACACCUUCAUUGCUGAUCUGGUGGUUGGACUGUGCACUGGGCAGAUUAAGACUGGAGCACCCUGCCGAUCAGAGCGUCUGGCCAAGUACAAUCAGCUUCUCAGGAUUGAAGAGGAGCUGGGAGACAAGGCUCGCUUUGCUGGGAGAAACUUCCGGAAGCCUCUAAAUUAGAUGGCCUUGAUGCUUAACAUAUUCGUGCUACUGUGUAUCCCACCCUGAUUAUGUCAUCUAUGUUCAGUCUAAUUGGGCAGCUCAGAUACGGCACGUGAAACCAGAGGUCCAACUUAAGACGGUUGUGGUUAGGAAUUUCUGCCCCUUGUAACUGUCCGCUUCCAGCACUGGCUGUGUAACUGUUAGUUUAUUUUGCAUAGUGUGGCACUUAUUGGUAUUGAAAUGUAGUGUUUUGCUGUGUUUACAUUCAGUCCCAGUAAAGAGCAAAGCGUUUGUGCAGCGUGUCCCGUUAUAGGAAUCGAUUAUCUGGGGCACAUGAAACAAUAAAAGCACUGAAAUAGUUGGCCUUC